AUGGCUCGAUUGUCGGGUCUCCAGAGAGAGGUCCUCUCCCUCUACCGAAAAUGUCUAAGAGAGAUUCAGAAGAAGCCGGCGGAGACCAGAGGUAACUUCAAAAUUUAUGCCAGGGCGGAAUUCCGCAAGCAUCUAUCCGUGAACAAGAAGGACUUCAAUGCGAUAGAAUAUUUGCUACGGAAGGGACACCGCCAGGUUGAGAUGUAUUCUUCUCCCGGAAUCCGGAACAUCCAGUAA